AAAAGAAAGGAAACCCGUUGACACGCAUACAUACUUUCCUAUCAUCAUCAUCUGCAACAGCCCUCCUCUUCCAUUUUAGGCUCCAAAUUUCUCUGAAAAAUCCUCUUCUUUGUAUAUGAUCAAAUGUUACCUCAAAUUCAAUCUCUCUCACCUCGCUACGUUCCUUCAAUCCUUCCUCCUGCUACUACCAGUCACUUCUCCACCAGCAAACUAAUCUCUUUCUCAACAACUUUAUCUUCAAUCAAACCAUUUGCAGAAAAUACUAAAGUAAGCCUUUCUAAGAACAACCCAUGUCUUAACUUAUCAAUUAAACCUUUAAAAUGUUCAGUUUCAGUAAUUCCAGAACCAACACAAAUUGAUUUACAGAAAAAACCAUCUCCAGCUGAAGUUGCUAGAACAAUAAUUGAAUUAUCUAGUGUUGGUACUCUAUCUACUUUAACCAGUGAAGGUUGGCCAUUAGGUAUUGGUGUUAGAUUUGCUGUUGAUUCUAAUGGUACUCCUAUAUUCUGUUUGAAUUCAAGUGAUAGGUGUUUUUUGCUUGAUAGAAAGUCUAGUCUACAUGUUCAGUUUGAGCAAAGUGGGACCAGGACUACACAGUGUACAUUGCAGGGAAGUCUUGACAAACCAGAAGACCCAGCAGCUUUAAAGAAGUUCCAUUCUAUUUGGGAAAGGAGGUUUGGUGAAGAAGCUGACGCAGAUCUUAUCUAUGUCGUUUCUGUUGAAAAGAUCGUUCAAAAGGAGGAUUUUAAGGAGGAUGGUAUAUGGGUGGAUUCAUCAGAAUAUAAAAUUGCAAAUCCUGAUCCCCUUCGGGAUUCUGCAAAAAACAUUGUGAAUGAGAUAAACACUAACCAGACAGAGGAUUUUGAGCGAAUUUGCAGCGUUUAUGUGGAUUCCGAUCUCAAGGUAACACAUGCAAAAGCAAUAUGGGUUGAUCGAUUAGGUUUGGAUGUUCAUAUUCACUUUGAGAGAGCUAUGUUCGAAGUUAGGAUUCCUUUCCCUAGAGAAGUUACAGACGAGAAGGGUGCCAAAUCAUCUUUCAAUUGUAUGUCUCAACUUGCUUGGGAAGUAGAGAAGAGCUACACCAUACCAGAGUUUGAGAAGGGUAAGCUUUUAAAACAGAUAAGAUGAGGAAAGAGCCAAUAUUCAUGUUUGGAGGCGAUCUUUUUAGCGGCUACAUGUUCUGUGUAGAGUUGUAUGAAACGAUUUUCUUCAUCAUUCAAGAUUGAGUCCGUUUUGCAUUCAUAUGUAGCAAGAUUUUGUAUAACAGAAUAUAUAGUUUUGUUGCAUUAUUGUCUCAGUUGAUUUGAUCUUUAAACA